GCAAAGGAAGGUGAGGGCGCAUACUUUGACGAUUACUGCAACUGGUCAUGGAUAGAAGAAUUUCGUGAUUAUAUAUUCAAUUCUCCUGCCUCCUACCUGGCUGCCACCUUCAUGAAAUCAUCAGAAGUAUCGUUCUACCACGAGCACGUACUCAAUAAAGAACCUGGGACGUCAAAACGAACUCCCUGGCACCAUGAUCAGUCAUAUUACCCUAUUGAUGGCGAAAAGGUGUGCUCGCUCUGGAUGCCGGUGGACCCCGUACCGAGGCGAACCUGCGUGCAAUUCGUAGCAGGUUCUCAUUUGUGGCCUUCUUGGUUCUAUCCCCGAAAGUUUGCUUCAGAAAUGAAUUAUACAAUAAAGGAAGAGAAAGAAGAGAAGGAUAAAGACCAGAAGUGCUUCGUCGACAUCCCCAUCCAGGAUAUAGAGGCCGGGAAGUGGCCUUUAUUGCAAUGGGAAUGUGAGCCAGGCGAUGUGAUUAUAUUCCACAUGAAGACAGUCCAUGGGGCACCAGGCAUACUUCCUUCAGUACUCACCGACGUGUCCUUUCUACUCGCUGGCUUGGUAAGCAUUAUGCGUUUUAUGGCUCUAUAG